GAUGCCUGAUUGGCCCAUUGGCCUCACAGAUCGUGAGUCUGAUAUUUGACUUCCUGGUCAGGUAAUGUUAGUGCUUUUCACAAGAUAAUCAGAAAACGCAAUUUGUAAGACUUCUCUCCGCUAACCCAACACGUAAUCUAGUCGUCGGGUUUCAACGUUAUUUCGCAGUGGCAAACAGGGAGGGGAUCUAUUAACGUUAACGUUACUCACCAUAAAAGCUAGUACGCUAACGUUAGCGUAGGGCUCUGUAUUGCUCUAGCCAUGUCCGCUUCGGCUGGAUCCUCCCCAACGGGUCAUAGCUCGGGCCUUGGCCCCGGUAUGUCUAUGUUUCGCUGGCUAGAAGUGCUGGAGAAAGAGUUUGACAAGGCCUUCGUGGAUGUGGAUCUGCUGCUCGGAGAAAUAGACCCAGAUCAAGUCGAUAUUACGUACGAGGGUCGGCAGAAGAUGACCAGCCUAAGCUCCUGUUUUGCUCAGCUCUGUCACAAAACCCAGACGGUUUUCCAACUGAACCAUAAACUAGAGGCUCAGCUGGUGGACCUCCGUUCUGAGCUGACUGAGGCUAAGGCUGAGCGAAAAGUAAUAGAAAGGGAGGUCCAUGACCAGCUCCUGCAGCUUCAUGCUCUCCAGUUGCAGCUUCAUUCUAAGCAAGGUCAGGCUGAGGACUCUGAAUCCAUCAAAGACAGACUGCCUGCAUCAACUUUGGAAGAGAUGGAACAGGAGCUUGAGGUCAGCAAGAAGGAGAAAUUAGCAGAGGCAAGGCUGGAAACAGAAGGGAGACUAUUUAAGAAAGAAAAUGAGGCUCUUCGCAGACACAUGGCAGUACUGCAGGCCGAAGUGUAUGGAGCCAGACUGGCUGCCAAAUACUUGGACAAGGAACUGGCUGGCAGGGUGCAGCAGAUCCAGUUACUGGGCCGAGACAUGAAAGGACCUGCACAUGACAAGCUGUGGAACCAACUGGAGGCAGAGAUUCACCUUCACCGCCAUAAGACCGUCAUCCGAGCAUGUAGGGGUCGCAAUGAUCCUAAGAAACCUCUGCCCUCGCCUGUUGGACAUGACCCAGACAUCUUGAAGAAAACCCAGGGAGUUGGCCCUAUCAGAAAAGUGGUGCUAGUCAAAGAUGAUAAUGAGGGUCUUGGAAUCUCCAUUACAGGUGGGAAGGAGCACGGUGUUCCCAUUCUAAUUUCAGAGAUCCAUCCAAGUCAGCCUGCAGACAGAUGUGGGGGUCUGCAUGUCGGGGAUGCCAUCCUUGCUGUCAACAGCAUCAAUUUGCGGGAUGCCAAACACAAGGAGGCUGUCACCAUUCUGUCCCAGCAGCGAGGACAGAUAGAGUUUGAGGUGGUGUAUGUGGCUCCAGAGGUGGACAGCGAUGAUGAGAAUGUGGAGUAUGAAGACGACAGUGGCCAUCGCUAUCGACUCUACCUAGAUGAACUGGAGGACAGCAGCACAGCGGCACCCAGCAACAGCUCGGCAUCACUGCAGGCUCUGGAAAAGAUGUCACUGAGCAAUGGACCAGAGAAUGGAGACACUGGAAUCUCCAUUGAGACAACUUCAGAUGAAACCCCUUCAAAGUCUCCUGAGACUGACUGCUCUUCCUAAAGGCUCAGCCUAGCCAUUGUGAUUUGGAGAUAUAACGAGGAUUUGUGGAAAAAAUCCCUCUCAAAGAACUGAAUUAAAGAAUUCUAUGACAAGCCUAGGGACAAGGGAAAAUGAACAGUCUGUUUUCCCUUUUUCCUCUUGGUGUUGUGGGGUGGUGGGAUUUGGGGGUCUGGCCUGGGCAUGUGGCAAUGAUUUGGGGUAAAAGUUCACAUUUGAAGAAGCAGAGGUGUAAAAUUUGUAGAGGAGGGAGCGAUACUGAACAAUGUGUGAUUUUUUUUUUCUUGAUAUUAUAUUAAGAUAAUGAAAAUUGACAGGAUAGCUGUAUGUGAGAAUACAGCAGAAGGAAGUAGGUGUCAUGGAGUAACACUGACAUCAUGAAAGAAGAGGUUAUUCAUUGUUGAAAAUGUCUUUCAGAGGCAGCUUUUGGAGAAAUGAUUGUGGCGUGUUUUGCUUUUGUUUGUACAGUUAUUCUAUUAUCUGUUCUUGACGAACUAUUCAAGACUACAUUGUCCUACAGGGACCCUGGUGGAAGCCAGGAAAAUAUCUCAAAGGAAAUUACUUUUUUUUUUACGAAAAGAGAAUAAAUCUGUUUGAUCUAAGUGAUCAUUGUAGUUAGCAAGAGCAAGGCCAUUGAUGCUCUUUCACAUGAUUAAAUUUAAAAACCCUGUGAAAUAAAUAUCAAAUGGAAAAUGCUGUAAAAUCUUGCCUGUUGUCACCAAUAACACAUUUAAAAACCAAAACUAGGUAAAUAAUUUGAGUUAUGUAUCCAGGGUCUAAAUAUUUUACAACCACAUGAACAAACAUACUAAUAAUUAAGAGGAAUGGGGGGCAAAAUUUCUUUAAAGAUGUCCAUAUAGAACAGUGCAAAAGUAUCUUAUGAGUAUUCUUUUUUCCCCUCUCUUAUUCGACUUAAAAAUCUGAAGGGCUAGCCCUUCGGAGCCAGCAUUUCGCAAAACAAUCAAACAAGCUGAAGGCAGCAAGUUCUUUUUCAUCCUCUAGAUAUUUUUAGUUAAAAAUGACAUUGCAAAUACCCUUCCCAGUCCCUGAAGGCACUUUACCUGAAAACCCUGCCCUGGUAUUGUAUCCUAAUUAAAAAGAGGUUACUGUAGGAUAGAUGCUUCGCCAUAGAUUUUUAACCUUGUUCCAUCACAAGUAUAUUUUGGCAUGGCACCGUAUGUUGAAUAUACAGGGGUGGGCACAAUAACACUUGUAUGAUAUAUAAUUGAAUGCAAUCAUUCUCAAUAAUGGGGUCUUUCUUAACUGUGUGUUGCUGAAUACUGUAUUUUUUUUUUUUUUUUUUAUAAUUGUCAAAUUACAUUCUAUUGUUGCACAUUGCAUUGUGUUACAUCUCACAGUAUAAUGCAGUGAAAUACACAAACUACUCUAAACUUGAUUGUGUUCAACCCCUCUCUCACAUGGGCCUAGCCAAUGUACUGUUUGAUGCAAAGAUAUUCAGUUUAACACAUUAUUGUGCCCAGCCCUAUCUGUUGUCACCACUGCUACCUGCCAGUGUUCCAGCUCAGAGGCACAUAAGUGAGUGGAACCCUUAGUAUGCCAUGACUCUGUGCCCUUAUAGCAUUCACGCAUGUCAGUUUCUUUACUUGCUUAUUGUUAUUCUGUUUCCUUGGUGCUUGGUUUGUCUCUCUAAACUCUUCAUACAUAUGAUUUGCAUCUUUAUAGGUAAUGUAUUCAAGUCACAAUUUAUUUAGCCGUUAAAUAAAGUUUGGUUACAAUUUGGUUUAUUUGGAAU